AGGAGCGCUCUAAGGCGAGCCAAUCAGGGGGUGCGCAUCCAGCCCCAGGCCGUCGGAAGCCGGGGGCUGCUAGCUGUGUGGGCUGUUGCCACGUCUGCUGGGCGGGCGUGAAGUGCCGUUGCUGCGGGGAGCCGCGCCGCCAGGCUUGUAGGCGAGGGUUGCGGGAUGGCGGCCCGGUGAGGUGAGGUGGGCACCGCGGGGCCCUGGCUGUGGGGCGGUCAUGGCGGCGGCGCUGCGGACCGCCCUACUGGGCGCGGCGCUUGGCUGCGCGGCCGCGGCGCUGAUCCCCGCGGCCGACGUGAAGGUGGAGGUGCUGCAGAAGCCGUUCAUCUGCCACAGGAGGACUAAGUGGGGGGACAUGAUGCUGGUUCACUAUGAGGGUUACUUGGAGAGGGAUGGCUCCAUGUUUCACUCCACGCACAAGCAUAACAAUGGUCAACCUAUGUGGUUUACCCUUGGCAUAAGGGAAGCUAUCAAAGGCUGGGACAAAGGUUUGAAGGACAUGUGUGUGGGAGAGAAGCGGAAGCUAACUAUUCCACCAGCCCUUGCUUAUGGAAAGGAAGGAAAAGGAAAAAUUCCACCCGAGAGCACACUGAUUUUCAACAUUGACCUUCUAGAAAUUAGGAAUGGACCAAGGUCUCAUGAGUCAUUCCAAGAGAUGGAUCUUAAUGAUGACUGGAAACUGUCCAAGCAAGAGGUGAAAAUUUACUUGAAGAAAGAAUUUGAAAAGCAUGGAGCAGUGGUAAAUGACACCCAGCAUGAUGCUUUGGUUGAAGACAUAUUUGAUAAAGAAGAUGAAGACAGCGAUGGGUUCAUAUCUGCAAGGGAAUUUACAUACAAGCAUGAUGAACUGUAGACAAGAGUGGCAUAACUUUUUUGACACAAAUGGCAAUGCCUUAGACUACAAGAGAACAAGACAGUCAUAAUUCUGUGUUUUGGGGUUGACAGCUGCUGUUGGCUAAGAAACACUGUUUUAUAUAAAAGAAUUUUUGUUCAUUGUGUACAAAAGUUUUAAACUAUUUUAAAGUAUGAAAAUGUACCGCCUUUAUGCAGCAAAGACUUGCACAUCAGUGUUUUUUAAAUUUUGUAUUAACUUAUUUUUCAGAAAUGAAACAAACUUUCCAGUUAUCAAACAUUGUGAAAAGUCCAGUUCAGUCCUUUCUGUGACUUGUGUGUGUCUUAAGAUCACUUUCAGUGACUCUCUAUAAAUAUAUAAACUUCUAGUCUGUGGCUUAAUUACUUGACCUUCCUUCUUGUGUGUCACUGCUUGAAAAGCAGUGUGCUGUCCUUGCUUUUUUUGCAGGUUUUUAAAAGAUGUGCUAGAAGGUAUCAGCAUCUCUAUAUACAGCUGAGCAAAUGAUACAAAGCUGAAUGAAAAGAAUGACUAUCCUGUGCUGAUUUUGCCCUUCUAAAGGGAGGGCACUACCAACUAUGCCAAUAAUUGUCUGUGAUUUUCUUUAAAUUAUGUGAACAAAGUAGGAGUUAAAUGCCAGACUCUCACUUUUAAUGUCAGCAGCAUCGUAGGAAAUGUCUGUAAUUUGGAAAAGAGCAAGUUAUGCUGCAGUGCAGAGGUGGUGUCCUUGCAUAUACACACAUGGUUGUUUUGAAACUCAGAGCUUGCAUUCAUGAAGAAAGAUCAUACCUUUCCCCUCAAGUUUUGAGGGAGAUCUUGAGUCAAAUGUUAGAAGUGUGAAGCUUUUCUCAUUUGCAGAAGAGCAUACUGACAGGAGGAUCAGUAUGGUCUGAAGAACAGUUUGCCCUGGCUUGCCUGCUUUGCAACUGAGUUGCAGAACUUGUUUCAGCAUUGCCCUUUUGCAGUAUUUUCACAAGUAGCAUACAAGUGAUGUGAAUUUUAAAUAAAGUGACUUUUCAGAAAAAUAGAGGCAUGAGGUAAAUGUUGUGAUGCUGCGUCUUUAUGAAGGUGGAAACUGUGAGGAUUUCAACUCCAUGUUGUGUUUGUUUGAACUGUGUCUGGAGAGGAAGAAACAUUUUGCAAUGUCCAUGGUUUCUUAAUGAGAGGGCAAGGUAUCUUGGGGAAGGAAUUAGCCUGUAUUCUGGCACCACUAACUGUAUGGGUCUCUGAACACAGUGUUUGACUUGGGAAAUGUUACUCAAGGCUAUGGAGGGACACAAAGUAUGAGAUCUAGAUUGCUGUGCUGUGCUAAUCCUUAACAAUUGCCAAGUGAAACUAUGUUCAAGGUUCUUGAUGCUGUAGAUGAGCUAAUGUUUUUCCCUGCCACCUAGUGUUGCAAGUAAGUAUUAGAAGACUGCUUUAUUGAACAGAGUUCAGCUGUGUAUAGACAUUAUAUGAAUAUGUGAAUUCAUUAUAUGAAUUAUGUGAAUAAUGACUGUUGCGGGGGGAAUUAUAAGUGAAGGUAUGUAGUGGUGGGGUGUUUUGGUUUUUCCUCUAGCAUCUGGCAUUUUGUGGCUGAUGGCCUAUGUGAUAUGGAAUUGUGGACAAAUAUUUUGUUUUCAGUAACCUUUAGGUCUUUUUCCUCGAUGCAAUCUAAUUUUCUUGAACUCAUUUAUACUUUUGCUUCCGUAAUGUUCUGUGGCAGUGAAUUUCACAGUAGAAUAACGUAGGAAAAUAUUUCCCUUUGUUUUUAGGCUUGUUGCCUGUCCUGAUUCUUGUAUUGUGAGGAAAUAAUGAAUAAUCAUUACCUAUUUAGCUCUUACUAGUCAUGAUUUUACAUAUUGAUAUUUUUUCUCAUCACUUAAAUAAUUAAGCUUGCCUGACUUUAGCUCUCCCAAGGUUGCUUGCAUGUUCUGUGCUGAUGUCUUGAUUUCCCCUACAGUCACCAGAGCACUAGGCACCUGGGGCCAACUCAUCACACGCAUGUAAUUCAUGUUGUAUUGGGAUAGAUGCCUUAUCAAGUAUUAACUAUGUGGGGAGCCUAGGCAAUUAGCAUAGCCUAGGCUGAGGAGGGCUAAUAGAAUAUGAAGUUGACCCUUAAGGCAAUCUUGCCUAGGAUGUGGGAACUGGCAGGUACACAACCAACAAAAGGGGAAAUACUGUGUGCGCGCUGUUGGGAAGAGCAGGACAGAGACUUGCGUUGGGUCUGUCGGGGCUUUCGAUGAUUGUUUGCAGGGUUUAGCAUGUUCUCCUAACACCUAGCAGGGUAAUGAAAGCGUAAAAGCAUGAAAUAAAACUUAUCCCAGAUUGCUGACCAAAUAUAUAAAAAGUUAAGCUUAAGUAAUGGGGUGCCGGUAUGUGCCUUCAGUAAGGGGCAACUGCUGUUUCCUUUGUAUUAAAUACAAGUUUGGAGUUGGUGAAUGCUGAGAAAUGUACAUCUGCAUUAUCUUCUUUUAAAAUUUGUUAAUGCUAGCAGAAUAUUAAAGCUGCAGGACCAAGCUGC